AAUAAAAAUAAAAAUAAAGAUAAAAUAAAAGAGAAAAGGCAAAAAAACUAGGCUUAGCUUAAAUCCUCAUCGCAUAACGCCUUCUGUGGCGGCUCUGAGAUUGGAUCGCUGUCUUCUAAUCGAUCUGAAAUCGAGGCGAUCUCUGUCUGCUUUUCGUCAAGAACACCGCCAUGGGUGCGGCCGCGCAGCAACAGAAACAGCAGCAGCAGCAGCAGCAGCAGCAACAGCAACAAGCUCCCUCAGCGUCAACGACAACGGCCCAGGAGGAGGCCUUGAAGAGAAGCACCGACUGCGUUUACUUUCUCGCCUCUCCGUUGACGUGCAAAAAGGGGAGUGAAUGCGAGUAUCGGCAUAGUGAAUAUGCCAGGCUUAACCCGAGGGAUUGCUGGUACUGGUUGAAUGGUAAUUGCUUGAAUUCCAAAUGUCCGUUCAGGCAUCCACCUCUGGAUGCUUCAUUAGGAACCCAAGCAGCUACUUCUGGUGGAUCUUCUCUGCCUCCAUUACAGACGACUGCAGCAACUCCUGCAACACAUGCUCCUCACAGCUCCAGUAAACAAGCGGUCCCUUGUAUUUUCUACCAAAAGGGGCUUUGCUUAAAAGGUGACAAAUGCGCCUUUUCCCAUGGACCGGGCCCAACCACCAGUAACAAAGUCCCACAGGCACUAGCAGCUAUCCAUGUUACCGAGCCUUCAACCUUUAAGAAGACUUUUGGAGGCCUUGAAAAGUACUCUCAGGAGCAGAAGAUUCCGCAAAUGAAUGUUUCGACAUCAGUUGGAGUACCUCCUGAAGCUAAAUAUACUCCAAAAGCUGAAAGUACAAGAGCUGAAACUGUUUUACCAAGAAACUUGGUCAGUAUUGAGAGGAAUGUACCACCGCCUACAAGAUUGGAUGAUGAGGCUCCUAGAUACAAGGCAACAAAUGUUCUUCCUGUUAUUAGUGGAAGCUCUGUUAGCCGGUCCAGUCGUUCACAGCAGGCACAUGUACCAGAGGAUCAUAGUUUCCUGAAUGGUAAGGAUGCUGAUGAGUUUCUGAGAGAGUCCUCUCCUGGCUUUGAUGUUCUUGUAGACGAUGAGCUUGCUGAUUCUGAUUACUACCAUGGUGAAGAUCAAUUUGGGCGAACAAGGGGUCAUGAAGGAAGGAAUUUGAAUCCUGUGAAUGAGUAUGACAUGGGUCAGUCUGCGGAUUAUAAUUCAAUGGCUGAUGUUGAUCGAGAAAGGUUCUGCGAUCCGCGAGGCCAUGGCUCAUAUGAUCACAUGCAAGGGCUGUAUGCCUGGGAGGAGCACGGGGCUUCAUCUGAGAGAAUGUUAGUGGAACCUGCUCAUCUAGAAAGGCGAAGGGGUUACCGUAAAUCUGAUAGUCCUGAUCAUGUUAAUGAGUCUGAUCUUCGACAUCAUUUAGCCAAGCAGAGGAGGGUUAAUGGUUUGAGAUCUGUUGUCAGUCGUGAUUAUGCCCACAACAACCAUGUUGAGGAGCAGAGGUACCGGCCUUCUUCACGGAAGGAUGCCCUUCUUAUGCCCUCAAAUGAGAUCUCCCUAAGUAAUCGCUUCCGUGGUAGAAUUAAGCUUCCGGGGAGAUCUUCUCCGGUGAAUGGUAGUGAUUCGCGUCCAGAAAGGGAAUUGGACAGGGGAAGGAAUUGGGGCAGGUUGUCACCUGGAAGGCCUCACAUCUCUCAUCAGGGAAGGCUCCGAGACAGAAUAAAAGGAAGGAUGCUAGAUGAUUACAAUGGCGAGGGGAGAAAUUUCAGGGGUCCACAGAUAAGAAGAGAAAUAGUGGAUGAAGGUAGUGAUUUCAAUUUCAGGGGUCCACAGAUAAGAAGAGAAAUAGUGGAUGAAGGUGGUGAUUUCACCCGUCCGAAAAGUCUUGCAGAGCUGAAAGUUGUGAAGAGUGUAGAGCCAAAAGAGCAGCAAUCCCUUGGAAAGCAAAAGAACAUGGAGACUUAUCGACAGUCUGAAGGUCUUCUUUCAUUUGAGGGGCCAAAGCCUCUUAGUGAGAUUCUCAAGAGAAAAAGAGGUUCUGACGUAGCAGCUUCUGGGAGUGGCAAAUUAUAUGUCAAUAGAGAUGGUAAUCCGAGAGAAAUCAAGGAAAGCUUGACAAGGGGCUCUGAGAGGAUGGCGGUUGCAGAUAUUCAAAGUGCCAAGGAAGAAGCCGUCAGCCAUUUGCUUGGCAAUGAGGAAGAAUCCAAGUCAGCAGCAUCUGUUGCAGUUGGAACAGUGGCAGAGAAAACUGGUGAAGCUUGUGGUCAGUCUUCUGAAGCGCCCAAUCUGAAUGAGUUUGAGGCUGAAGAUGGGAUGAUUUAUGAUGAAAAUGUGGAGGAUCAGGAACUUGAAGGGGAUGAUCAGAGGGAUGGGGACUAUGAAUAUGAGCAAGUUGAUGAGGGAGAAUAUAAUAUUGAGGAAGGUGAGAAUGCAGAUGCGGAAGAGGAGUACCUGGAUGAGGAAGAUGGGGAUGAUGACUUUGCUAAGAAGAUUGGUGUAAUAUUCUCAUGAUUGUAUGGAAAGGAAAGAGAGCAACAGAGGGAGGGGGGCUGACUGCUCAUAAAUAUUUUGCAUGGACCGUCGACACUCAGUUGGGUGGUUGUUUCUGAUUGAGCAGGAUAACUGCUAUGAAUUUAUUUGUAGAAGUAGGACAUGAGUUUUCUCUUGUAUUAAUCAAAACUUUUCAUUGUAUUUGAAUCUGAUUGAAUGGGGAUUUUCUUUUGUUUUGCUUGAGGCAUUUUGCUGUACUCUCCUGUUAAAGUUGCUUGCAGAGUGCAUGCAUGCCUGUAACAGUAGAAAGUCAAUAAGAAAAUUGCUAUUUACUUCUC